GCAGUGCCUUCCUGGCUACACGUGUUUACAAGGGUACGGCGGUAAUCCGAAUUACGGUUACACGAGUUUCGACACAUUCGGCUGGGCGUUGUUAUCAGCGUUUCGUCUGAUGACGCAAGAUUACUGGGAGAACUUGUAUCAGCUGGUGCUGAGAUCGGCCGGGCCGUGGCACAUGUUGUUCUUCAUCGUGAUCAUCUUCCUCGGCUCGUUCUACCUCGUGAACUUGAUCCUCGCCAUCGUCGCGAUGUCGUACGACGAGUUACAGAAGAAGGCCGAAGAGGAGGAAGCCGCCGAAGAAGAAGCCAUAAGGGUAC